AUGGGGCAGGGGCCUGCAGCCGCUCGCACUGCCCGCAUCGGCCCGGGCCAAGGCAGCUCCUCCCACAGACCGAAUUGGACCGUCCGGCUGGUGGUCAAGAGCGCUGCUGGAAAUGCAGACAUCUGGGACAGGAAUAAACUUGAAAAAACUUCAGAAAUGAACUCAAACAUAUGGAACAUCAGAGAGAUGUUAAACAUUCCAACAGGAGCUGGGAUGACUAAAUCUGCCACUUGGAAUAGUGCUCCCAGUGACCAUUCCAGUUUGACUGAUUCUCAGUUUCUUUUCGGAUCACAAUUUUGCCCUGAAAAUUCAGAGUCUCAGGAUUUUAACCUGCCUUCAAGAACCCAGAGGAACUCCCAGCAGAACUCACAACACAAUGAAAGUGAAUUGAAAUUUUAUGAAAGAUACCAAGCUAAACCACAUAUUUUUGCUACGGAAAAUAAGGAAACUAGCUCAGUUACUCAGCUUUGCUUUGGGAAACCCAAAGGGUUAUUGGAACAGUUUGAAAUCAGCAAGCGGAAAGCAAAAGAAAAGCAAGAAAGUGAGUACUUCAAUAACUGGAUUUCUAAACUCCAGGACAACGUUGAAGAGAUUAAGGCAUCCUUUAAUAAACUUGAAAGGAAAACAGAACUACAAAACCAAACAGUUCUAGAAGGAUUAGAAGAUUUAUCAAAAACAAUACAAGAAAACAUAAACACACACUAUGAAACAAUAGUGAGUGCUUUGGAAGCAAAAAGCAGUAGAGAGAAAAUUCUAGAAAUGGAUAAAAGACUUGUGGCUAAGGAGAUGGAAAUGAGUAAUGUUAAAACUCAACUACAGUCAGUGCAGGAGUGUUUGGAUGGAAUGAAACACUCACAAUGUCAACAACAUCAGAAAAUGUGUGAGCAGUUCAGCUGGUUUAAAGACCACUUUAAGUUUACUGAAAUCCUAUCUGAGCUUCAUAAACUUACUUCUACUACAAAUCCUAUCAUCCAAGUACAGAAUAAUAUGACACAAACAACUCCAAGUACAAGUAGCCUCUGCAUUGUUAGCAAGAGAGAAGCUUAUUAUAGAAGUACAGAAGAUUGUAGAACAUCAUCCCAACAUCAGCCUACACUAAUAGACAAUUAUCAGCUUCAUGACACCAAAGCUGUGUGUACAGACAUAUUACCAGAUGGUCAUCUUAAUGUUUACCAGAACAUUUUAUCAGAGAGCCCUAGACCAAGGCCAUGUGAUUCUGUUCCCAAAAAAAUCACUGCAUCUUCAGAUUGUGAAGGCAGAAAUGAAGACACUUCUACAUAUUCCACUGCAAUUAACUCAAAUCACAUAACAUCUGUACAUCCUGUCAGUGUGACAAAUGGGCUAUUUUCCCAAGCAUUUAUCCCUGGUGGUGUCAAAUUGGCUGAAGGCCAGAAUGACUUGAAGAGCAAUUCUACCCCUUUUCAUAAAAUGCAUAACAAUAAAGAAAACAAAUGGGGUAUUGUUUCCUUCAGUCCAAGUUUAAAACAUAAUGAUGCUCAUACCAGGUGGCCAAACACAACCAUGAAGAAUAGAACCACUUUUGGCAGUGCUGUGACGUGCAAAAAGAUUGGGAUCAGAAGAUGCCCCACUAAAAGAAGAAACUGCAUUCCACUCAAUAAGGAAAAGGACAAGCCCAUCAAAGCAUCAAAUAAGUCAAACAGGAUUAAUGUCAAUUUGAAAAAAGCUACUUUGACUGAACUAAAGAUUACAUCAGCUAGACCAAAGCAGUCAAAUGGUAGCGAAAAGAGUAUCUUUGGCAAGGCAUCUUCUGAAAAGCGAAGAUACCCACUAGAAGGACAGCAUGUGAAAGAUGAGAUCUCGCUGGAACAAGUGAAGAAAAGAAAUUACUCACAGCAGCAGAAAGGAAAGAAGGAGAUUCCUAAACUAGUGAAGAGAAAUCUUUCAUGGAAACCUCCAAGCUCUUUUCAAGAGGGCUUUCUGCAGAAUGGUAUGGAAUCUGACCAUGUGUUUCAGUCAUGGUUUAGUCCUUUAACUCCAACUCUAAGUCAUGAGGGGUACUAUGAUAGUCCAACAAACACUGUACUUGGAAGAGAAGCACAGAAUAAAACACAUCUUAACUUUUUUGACAGCAGUGAAGAAUCUGAUUAGGAUGUAAUUACACUGUGUUUCAUCAAAUUUCUUUAAAAAAUGGAGACAAAGUGGAAAAAAAUGAUAUGAAAAUGAAAAUACUACCAAUUUUUAAAAGCAAAACUUAUAUCAUUUUGCUUACAUUUAUGCGUAACACAUGCCUUCAGUUUAUGUUGAUUCGAUUAAUGUAAAAAUUAAUGCAUUGAAGCUGGUGUUUCUUAACCAUUGUUUAAAACUACAGUGUCUUCAUUGACAUUCAUAACAUUGAUAUUUUACCUUUUCUGUGAAGCCGUUGAUAGUUAAUUAGAAAUUCUUACGAUCUUUUAAAUUUUUAAAUUUUCUUUAUUCUGUCAGCUUUGAAAGACCUGACAUUUUUAUACCCAUCAUUUUAUUUAGAUACCUUAAAUGUUAGACUAUAGAGUUACAGUACAUUCACAGAUACUUUUCCUGUGCAGUUUUUAAUCUACACUUGUCUUUGUUACAUUCUCUCCUGCAUUGUUCUUUUUAAUUGCAUAGGCACUCUAUAUUUCACAGCUGUCAAAUCUGCUUCCAUUGUAAUGUGCUGUAGUCUGUGAAAGGAAACUUGUGGAUCUGAAAUGUAAACCAAUGUAUCUGUAUCUGACUCUUGUGUUUAAAAAUAAUAAACAUCCAUUUGUAUUAUGCAAAGAAAUUAAGAAAAUUCUGAUUGUAAGACUUAUUAAACAAUU